AUGGCAGACAAGUUAACAGAAGAACAAAUAUCGGAAUUCAAAGAAGCCUUCAGUUUAUUUGAUAAAGAUGGAGAUGGAACUAUAACAACAAAGGAACUGGGCACUGUCAUGCGAUCAUUGGGCCAAAACCCAACUGAAGCGGAACUACAAGAUAUGAUAAAUGAAAUUGACACAGACGGGAAUGGAUCAAUAGAUUUCCCAGAAUUUUUAACCUUAAUGGCAAGAAAAAUGAAAGAUACAGAUACAGAAGAAGAAUUAAUUGAAGCAUUUAGAGUUUUUGACAGAGAUGGUGAUGGAUAUAUUAGUGCUGAUGAAUUAAGACAUGUCAUGACAAACUUAGGGGAAAAACUUACAAAUGAAGAAGUUGAUGAAAUGAUAAGAGAAGCAGAUAUUGAUGGAGAUGGGCAAAUUAAUUAUGAGGAGUUUGUUAAAAUGAUGAUAGCUAAAUAA